AUAAAACCAACUUAACUUGACUAAAAUUUUAUUCGUUUUAUUCGUUUCUGACCAAAUAAACGAUAAAGAGAAAUUCUUUAUUCUCAAAAAAGAAUUUCCAAGAAUAUCGAUGGAUACAAGAAAAUUUCUACCAUCACCAACAACAUCAUCUGCAAAUAAAAAUCAAUCACAAUUACAACAACAAUCGAAUCGAAUUACAGCAGCAAUAGCUAAUACGUUAACAAAUUUAACAACAACAACAACAAAUAAACAAUCAAAACAACCAAAAUUAUCAAUAUCAUCAACAUCACCACCACCAUCAACGACAACAACAACAACGGCAACGACAAAAUCAAAUGUUGAUGAUUAUAAUGAAUUAUUUUCAUUGGACAUGAAAAAUUUAAUGAAAUUACAAACAAAUAAUGUUUGUGAUAAUCAUUGUUUUCUAAUAAUUUGUCAACGUAAUACUAGUAAAAAUAGUAAUGGUCAUAUUAUGUUACGUAGACAAAAUGUAUUUUUUCCUUGUUUACCAAUAAAUCAAUUAAAAACAUGGUCCGAAUCAUCAAUCGAAGCUGUAUUAAGUUUAUUAUUACCAACAGAUAUUUAUAAUAAUCAACAACGUUUAACAGAAUUUAUAAAUGAUAUACCAUUUCGUCGUUUUGUUUGUAUGGAUAUAUUUCGUAUACAAUUACCACAUACACAAAAUUUUAUAACACGUUUAAUUUAUUUGGUCGAAUUGGAUCCAUCAAAUACAAAAAUUAUAUGUGGUUGUUGUUCAAGUCGUCAACAACAACAAUCGGUUGUCGGUAUUUCAAAUACAUAUCGUUGGUAUCCAAUUAAUGAUGCAAUUUCAAGAAAAAUUUUUAAAAUUUGGGGACCAGAAGUUAGUUUUUAUACAAAUAUUGCUAUGGAAGCAAUAAAUUCAAGUCAACCAUUUGUUGAUUCAACUGCAACUGAAUAUAGUUUAAGUGAUGCAUUUAAAUAUGUACCACGUGAAUCACCAAUUACAAUGGAAGAACAAAUGUUAGGUCAAACAAAUAUUACUGUUAAUGAUAUUGAACGUUUAUAUGCCGAUUUUAUUGAACAUUGUUUUCCAAGUUUUUUUUUCACAAAAUUUUCAUUCGAUGUUUAUAUGAAAAAACAUCAAAUCGAAUCAAAUUCAAUAAUUAUAUCAAGAUAUUAUGCUGCAUUUCGUUUUCGUGAAAAACAAUAUAUGCAAUUUCAUGAAUUAUUAUUAGGUUUAGCUGCUAUUGAUUAUCGUUCACCUGAUGAAGAAUUUCGUCAUCGUUUUAUAUUUCGAUUCUAUGAUUAUACACAAGAUCAUUAUCUAAAUUUUCAAGAAUUUGAACGUGUUAUUCGUGAUUUAGAACGUGUAAAUGACAUUAAAUCACCAAUGAAUGAAAUUGAUAUACAUUCGUUGAUGAGAAAAAUCGGUACCGUAUUGCUCAAUGAAGAAGAAAUGUUAAAUUUUGAAUUAUUUCAACAAGGUAUACGAAAAAAUUUAAUACGUGGAACGCAUAAUUUAUGUCGAUCAAUUGUAUCACCAUUUGGACAGAUAACUAGAUCGUUAGCCACAAGAAAAUUAUGUUCAACUGUAUCGAAUAAAAAUCUUUAUAAUAUUUGUUUGAAUCGUCGUUAUAAAUCAACAUGUAAAAAUUGUAAACUUAAAAAAUUUGAUAUAUCACCCGAUCUAGUUGUAUUAGAUUAUCGUGGUCAUCUAAAAGCCAUUCAUCGUGUUACUGAUCAAACGAAAAAAUCAUCGUUAAAAAAAAUAUCACCAGCUGAAAAAGCAUUCGAUCCAAAUUCAUUAAUGUAUUUUAUUUUGCAAAAAAUACGUGAAUUUAAUAAGGAAAAAAAUCAAGCACAAAAUUUACGUCGUACUGGUGAAAUUGGCCUGUUCAACAAUCUGAAUCGUAAAGAAACACAAACAUUUUGUGAAGAUUUUCGUAUUAUUUGUACAGAAGUAGCUAAAAUAUUAGAACGUGAAGAUCGUGUUCUAAGAAUUAAGGAUCCAUGUUAUGUAAUUGGUGAUAUUCAUGGUAAUCUUGAAGAUCUAUUAACAAUGGAACAAUGUUUAUGGAAAAGUUUUCCAUUAUUAACAGCAAAUUAUCUAUUUUUGGGUGAUUAUGUUGAUCGUGGUCGUUGGGGUUUUGAAUGUUUUUAUUAUCUAUUAAUAGUAAAAUAUUUAUGUCCAAAUCGUAUAUUUUUAUUACGUGGUAAUCAUGAAAUCGAAUGUAUACAGAUAAAAUAUUCAUUUCAUAAAGAAUUAUUGAAAAAAUAUGGUCAAAAUAUGGGACAACAAUUUUUCGAAAUUAUUAACGAAGUUUUUAGUCGUUUACCAUUUGCUGCUGUUGUGAAUGAUUCAAUUUAUUGUGCACAUGGUGGUCUACCUUGUUCGGAACAAAAUCUAACCGUUUUAAAUCGUGAAAUGCCAAAAAUUAUUCGUGAUCCAGAAAAUGAAGCAACACCAGUUUGGGAAUUAGUUUGGAGUGAUCCAUUAGAAUUUGCUAAAUUUGGUGAACAAGCUGAAUUAUUGGGUUUAUCACCCGGAUUUAUGAAUGGUUUUUUUCUACCGAAUAUCAAACGUGGUACAUCAUUUUUUUUCAACGAAUAUGCUGUUAUUAAAUUUUUUAAAGAAAAUAAUCUUAAUUUUAUGAUUCGGGCACAUGAAGUACCGGCACCGGGUUAUAAAUUUAAUUUCGGUACACUUUGUACAACAAUAUUUUCCUGUUCACAUUAUUGUGGUAAUAAUAAUGAAUGUGCUGUUGUUUUUGUUGAUCGUGAUUCACGUUUACGUAUUUUACGUAUCGAUACAUCAACAAAUCAAUCAGCUAAUUAAUUAAUUGAAUAAUUUUUUUUACUUUUAAUCGAGAAUAAAAUUAACAACGAAUUUUUUAAAAUAAAGUUUUCGAAUCAUUUUGAAAUAAAAUAUACAUGCAUGUACUAUAUGAACA